UUGGGAUCUUAAUUAAUUAAUCUUCGUACUGACUAUACUACUAAAAAAACAUGGCAGCAGCUCAGAUACCUCAGGUUUUACGUGCUAUUUCCAAGCCCAUUUUAUCUUCAUCUUAUCCUGAGGCCAGGAGAAGAGCGCUGAACCUCUACAGAGCCUGGUACAGGGAGAUUCCCCACACCAUAAAGAUGUACCUACUGGACUUAUCCACAAUUGAAGCCAGACAGAAACUGAGAGAAGAGUUUUACAAGCAUUCACAUGUGAGGGACCCAAGGGUUAUCGACAUGUUGGUCAUCAAGGGUAAAAUGGAGCUGGAGGAAACUAUUAAACUUUGGAAGCAGAAGACACACAUCUUGAGGUACUUCAAUCAGACUGCUAGCACUGAGCCCUCUGAUUUUCUCACCAAAUUCUAUGAAGACCAAUCAUAACUGUUGUAGUUUGUGUGUGCAACCGUGGAACAAAUCUACUUGCCAUUGUUCAGUAAUAAUAUUAUUAGUUAUUAUAGGCAAGCAGCUUAGACACAUAUAAUUUUAUUAUAAUAAUACACAGAAAAACAACAACCUUGGAAUCUUCAUUCAAGUUAUUCCUGUGAUUUCUACGUGCACUAAUUGCUAGAGUUCAGUUGAAGUAAUACAG